AUGGGGUGCUGCAGCGGAAGAUGCGUGUUGAUUUUUCUCUGCACUCUUCAAUUGCUGGCUUCUCUGGAGAGACAGGUGUUUGAUUUCCUGGGGUACCAGUGGGGCCCCAUCCUGGCCAACUUCCUCCACAUCAUCACAGUCAUCCUGGGCCUCUUUGGUACCAUACAGUACCGGCCUCGCUAUAUUGUACUGUAUACUGUGUGGACCAUGGUCUGGGUGAUGUGGAACAUCUUCAUAAUCUGCUUCUACCUGGACCUGGGUGGGCUCUCUAAAGACAGUGACCUCCUGACCUUUAACCUCCCGGGGCACCCCUCGUGGUGGAGCGAGCAUGGGCCGGGCUGUGUGAGAAAGGAGGUGCAUGUCACAGACGAGCAGAGCCUGGAGAGCCAUGCCUACAUCUCUGUCUCAGGCUGCCUGCUGGAGCAUCAGUACAUAGAGGUCCUGCACAGCGCCGUCCAGAUCUUCCUCUCUCUCCUGGGGUUUUUGCUUGCCUGUUAUGUGGUUUGCAUCCUCACAGAAAGGGAAGACAGUGGUCUACGUAAGUGAGUGCGUCCAGUGUGGCUUCAAACUGAUCUGACGGGGGAAGGAAGGGUCAGAGAC